AUGCGCUGCCUGACGCUGCUCGCCGCCUUCCUCGGCGCGGCCUCUGCUGCGCCGUCCGUCUCCAUCAGGGCCACCAACGGCUGGACCGUGGCCCGUCCCGGCACCAUCAAGGACGUGGUUGUGACCAAGGAAAACACGCUCAACGGCACCUCCCAGGCCCGAGAGACCGUCAUCACGUCGGCCAAAGGUGCCGGCCUGGACAGCCGCGCCAUCGGCGGGUCGCUGCCGCUCGAGUUUGUCAACAACUUUGACGGCGGCUCGGUCAACGCCUACGUCGUCGGGCUCGACUCGGACAACCGCGUCGUCUUCGUCCGGGGCGACGGCAGCCUCGUGUACCCGAGCUCGGGCGGCUCGCAGGUGCCGGUGCCCAUCGGAGCCAACGUCGCCAUCCCGCUGCCGGGCAAGGGCCAGACGUUUCGCAUGACGCUGCCCAUCGUGCUGACGUCGGGCCGCAUCUACUUUUCCGAGGGCACGCUGACCUUUUCCGUCGUGGCCACGCCCAUCGGCGAGGGCAUCGUGCAGCCGGCGCCGACCAACCUGCAGGACCCCAGCGCCGGCACCAACUGGGGCUUCGUCGAGCUCACGUACACGACGGACAAGAGCCUGUGGGCCAACAUCAGCUACGUCGACUUUGUCGGCAUGAUCCUCAGCAUGGCGCUCAGCGUCUCCGACGGCAGCGGCACGCAGAUCACGCGCGGCCUCGGCAGGGGCUCCGUCGACGCCAUCUGCAACGGGCUGAGCAGCCAGGCCAGCAGCGACGGGUGGCCGUGGAACCGCAUGUGCGUCGCCAACGCCCAGGGCAAGCCGCUGCGCGUGCUGUCGCCCAACGACUACGCCGUCAUCGACUCGGGCGCGUUUGGCAGCUACUGGAGCGGCUACGUCGACGAGGUCUGGAACCGCUACUCGUCGCGCGACCUCACCAUCAACACGCAGACCGGCGCCGGCAACGUCGCGUGCCGCGUCUCGGGCGGCACCAUGAACUGCGGCGGCGACAACCGCGGGUACGGCAAGCCCAGCGCCACCGACAUCUGGGGCUGCAACGGCGGGCCGUUCCUGCGCCAGGGCGGCGACAACGACGUCCACAUCGCCGUCAUCCCGCGCCUGUGCGCCGCCUUUGUGCGCUCGACGCUGCUCCUCGACGGCGGCGACGUCCAGCCCAGCCUCAGCUCGGACAACUACUACACUGCGGACCCGACGAACCACUACAGCCGCCUCGUCCACGACAACGAGAUCGACGGCCGCGGCUACGCGUUCCCCUACGACGACGUCAACCCCGACGGCCACGGCGACUCGUCUGGCCUCGUGCACUCGGGGGCGCCCAAGACGCUGACCGUGUACGUCGGUGCGCCGCCGCCGUAG